GGCAUUGCUUGGCUGUUAGUAUUUUCAGUACUACAAGCUCUUCAAAUAAAUGCAUCGACAUAUUCAGACAUCAGCUCUCUUUAUCAGACAUUGACGACUGGAUACAAUAAAUAUUUGCGACCUCAAGCGGACUAUUCGAAAGCAGCACACCUCAACAUAUCAAUGGAUAUACUAAAUCUAAAUGAAAUAAAUGCUGUUGAUGGAACCGUUACAAUAUCUGUGUAUUUCACUUUACAGUGGGAAGACAUCAACAUGAAAUGGACGCCAAGCAGAUACAACAACACAGAGUCUGUUGUGUUACCGGCAGAUCAAGUCUGGAAACCAUCACUUAUUAAUGCCAAUACCGCUAAGGAAUUCAGCUUGUUUGGCAUAAAAGACUUAUAUGUUAUAAUACACAACAGUGGAACAGUGACGUGGCAGCCAGGACACCAGUUGGAAUUUUCAUGUAAUAUAGAUACGACAUAUUUUCCUUUCGACACACAGAAAUGUACACUGGAGGUAAUAUCAUGGGGAUACAAUAUGGGUGAUAUUUCUUUCACAUCAACCAAUUCAUAUAUAAAUACAUUACAAUAUGUUGAGAACAGUGAAUGGAAGCUGACAUUUACUUCCGUUGCAUCAGAGGAUGGUCUGCCUCCAAAUACAAAAUUUCUAAUGCAUUUUCAGCGUCGUCCUUUAUAUUUGAUCAUUAAUUUAAUAUUUCCAGUAAUUCUAUUAGCACUCCUUAAUAUAACAGUAUUUCUUUUGCCACAAGACUCUGGAGAACGUGUUGGAUUUGCAAUCACUCUGCUGCUUUCAAUUGUUGUAUUUUUAACCAUUGCACAAGGACUUCUUCCAGCAACUGCGCAACCAAGACUUUCCGGCAUUUGCAUCGUGUUAAUCUUGAAUAUGGUAAUGAGUGGUAUGAUAACUGUGUCUGUUAUUGUAAGCGGAUGGAUUUAUUACAAGUCAGAAUAUUAUGAUGUACCAAACUGGAUGAAAAAAAUUAAACACUUUAAACUCUACCGUCGACGCAUUAAUAAAAACCAGAUACAUGUGCAGACAGUUCAAAGUGAAACGACAAUAGACAAUCCACCAAUUGACGGAGAGGAAUCAAAAGUUACUUGGCAAAUGGUCGCUAAAUAUUAUGACCGGAUUUCGCUGAUAUUUUAUGUUAUUUGUUUUAUAUGUGGCCAUGUCUUUUACGCUAUUGAUGUUGUAAAAGGAGGAUGAUUUUAUCUGUCGUUUUAAAACUAGAUUUUUUUUUUGUGUAAAUAAUUUGAGGUAUUACUUCAAAAUAUCAAUUUACGAAAACUUUUACCUAAACUUUAGUUAACUUGGGCUGUAUACUAAAACAUGUUAUUUUUUUGUUUGUAUAUUUUUUCAAUCUGUAGUAUAAAUCAUGUAUUAUAUCAUAAUUAAUAUUUAAACAGUGAAGUGAGAUCGGAAAUAAUAAAAAAAAAAUGUGAUCAUAACCUUGAAUAUCAUCUUAAAGCCACUGACAAUAUUUCGGAAAGAAAAGUAUUUUGACUUUCACUUCAGGAUAAUGUAUAUAGUUGGAAUUUCCUUAACUACCAGACACUGUGAAUAACAGGUUAUUUGAGUAUACGUCAAUCAAACAACAACACAAAAACACCACCAUACUACAAAACAUACAUUUUUGUACUUUGACAGGUCACACUGAUUUUCCAUACUUUCUUUUGAAAAAUCGUGUCCCCCAAACAAACAUACUGUGUUGUAAAUAAGAAAAAUCCGGGAUAUUUUGUGUUUAUGAUUGACAACAAAAUUAUAACCUUUGGUGAAACAUAGAGAACAGACAGCGCUUCGAUUCCCAUCGACUAUUUUUUAUUCGGACG